AUGCCUCAGAGAUCCUCCACCGCACCCCAACCACGUAGACUGCGAGCGCGCACGGCGACUGUCUCGUUCGGCCAGAUGUCGCGCGAUAUCGCAGGGGGUGUCAUGGUCGAGACGCCCUCAGAGUUUGGAAUAAUCGGGCCCAUUGCAUCGUCGCCAGUCUCAUUGGGUGGCUCAAAUAGCCUCGGCGUGCGCAUAGGAAGACGCACCUCCAAGUCGGUGUCCGGCGGUCGCCCGCCACUGUCCACGAGCGCAUCGUCUCACAGAACCCUAGGGUACUCUAACCCAUAUGCGCCUGAGGCGGGUCUAUCAACAGGCGGUCCGAGCGGCGGGUCCCCUAACCUCGGUCCCACACGCGUGCGCAACGGACUCAAGCGCCGCAUCUCGACUCCCAACCUAUUCAAAGGCCGCUCGCUCGUUCCCGACGACGAUGGCGGAGCCGAGCCAGAUCGCACCACGACGCCCAUUCCGUCUGGACUGCAGGCCUCGUCCAAAGGCAACAAUGUUGUCGAGACACGCGCACGCUCAACUUCGACUUCGAUCGUCGUCCCUCAGACCUUAGUUCCCCAAGUCGAGUCCUCCACCACCUUCGCGGAAGAACCCACCAUCGUCACACUCCCUUCCCUGUCGUCCACCGCUCUCCCAACACCCCCAUGGAGUGGAAUGUACGUCACGCCCCCGUCGCCGCCCUCGACGGCCGGCCCACGCCAGUACCAGCAGGACUAUGAGCCGCACCGGCCCGAACAAGAUAACACCGACCUGCUCUCGUCGGCAUAUGACAUGGGCGAGACUGUUUUCUCCCGCGUCAUCUCGUGGGUCAGGCCAAAGCGGCAACGGCGGUCACGCAGACCAUCUUAUGGGUCGGACAACGACUCUGAAAAAGGCCUCAACGGCUCAGAGGACGAGGAGUUUGACGAGAAGGACGGAGGAGACACGCGCACUCGGUCAGGUCCUGAAUGGAACGUGAUCCCUGGAUCGCGUCUGCCGGAUUCCCCGAGCUACUUUGCUCUGCCUCCGACCCCACCAGAUGACUGCCCGUAUGACCAGAUGGGGUAUCCUUCCCUGCCCACUCCAGCCAUCUCGUCACAGUCGCUGUCGCACGGCGGCCCGACGAAACGCCAGCGUCGAGCAUCCCGUGCUGCCGCCCUCAAGCAGGCGCAGGCCGAUGGCUGGUGGGUCAAGGUGUACCGCACCGUCUCAGUGUCUGGCAGCGGGAAGACUGCCGAGGUGCUCCGCGAGCUUGGCUGGACAGUCGGGCUCCUUGCCCUUCUUUUUGUUGUGUCGUUCUCGCUUGUGGUCUACGCCGUUAUGAGCAUGCCUAUCACACACUUGAAGUCGAUGCCCAAGUCUACGACCGACUUGCAGCUCCUCUCGGCCGACAUUCGCGCAUACAUGAAGAGCUCGAACUCUGGGUGGUGGCACACGGUCGGUGUGCUCACCUACGUGGGGUGCUGGAAGCACGCAUGGAGCGUGCCAGGUGCUGUGGUGCUCAACAUCCUCGUCGGUUCGCUGUUCGACACGGUUCCCGCCCUCGGACUCCUCACGUUGAUCACCGCUUCUGGCUCACUAGGCGCGUACAUGCUGUCUCGCCCACUGGCGCCUCUCAUUGGUGUGCUCUUCCCCAAGCCGCUCGCGCUCGUCCGCGCGGCUCUCGCACCCGACUCUGUUCCCCAUCCUUCCAACGUGACCAGCGUUCGCGGCGAGACAAUCACUCCCGUUCGCGUAUCUGACGACCCGCGUGAACCACCGCUCGGCUCCGCCGAAGACCGUCCGAACGUUUGGAGCCGCCUGUUCCUCAUGCGCGCAAUGGGCUUCGUUCCGUGGUCAGGCAUGAACGUCGCGUGCGGUGUCGUCGGUGUUGACUGGCGCAUUUUCUGGCUUACGACGGCUGGUGGCUCUGCGUCGUGGUCGUAUGUCACGGCGUCCGUCGGGAACAUUCUCGGCAGCCUGGCGCUUCCAACACAGGGCGAAGACGGUGUCGAUGUCCAGAGCGAGUCACUCACGAGUCUGCUUCGCGACCCGUGGCUCAUCUUCAAACUUGUCGCCCUCACCGUCCUGACGGUGCUGCCUGUGCUCCUAAAGCGCCGCAUCGGCCGCAGCCCCGUCGACGACACAGACAGCGACGACGACUCGCUUAGCGACCUGCCCGAGCGGACGCUGCUCCAGCCUCACUCCAUGCUCGGCCUUGACACUGGACCUCCCAGCCUCUCUAUCCACACAGCCAACCUCGACUCGGGUGAAGAGUACCCGUCCGAGCCAGCGUCACCGCUGGCCAUGUCGCUUGCGAGCUUCACCCCGACGCCACACAUGUUUGACCUACUCUCCUUUGGCCGCACAGCGAUGCGCCAGGGUGUGCGCUUCGUCGUCGGAGGAGCGCGCACAGCCGUCACGCGUGCUCAGCGCGUGCUUGGCGACCAAUGA